AUGUGUUUCAAGGACAAGUUGUGUUGCAAUUUUUGGAUAUUUCAAAAACAGAUUUGCGCCGAUCCCAAGAUACUGGAUUGUCUGCACAGCUUUUGCCUGAACUGCCUAGAGAAGCUCAUCGGCAGACACCAAGCCAAGUUAGAUCACAUCACUUGCCCAGUUUGCAGACAGGAAACUGCAGUACCAGACACCGGAUUACAAGGUCUACCCACCUGCUUUAUCCUGAGUUCCCUCAUUGAUGAAAUCAACAAACAGGAACGACUUCUUGGGGAGGCGUCUGGACAUCGUCUAACUUGUGAGGGAUGUGAUGAGGGUCUAGAAGCCGUCGCUCGGUGUGUAGACUGCAAAAACGUCAUGUGCAUAAGAUGUCAAAAAGUCCAUGAACGCACGAAAUCCAUGAAAAACCACAGGAUCGUCAGACAUGAGGGACAAACGUGCCCAGAGAUUGCUCCAGCAGACCGUCAAAAACAUAAUGCUCCGACAUGUACCAAACACAAGAACCAGGAACUGUGCUUUUACUGUGAAACCUGCCAGACGUUGGCUUGUGGAAAAUGCGCUGCAUUAGACCACCGAACAGCAGAGCAUGAAUACAGGGAUGUUGCUGAUGCAAUUCGGUCUUUUCGUGAAGAUGUUGAUAAAAUUCUGCAACGGUUUGAACACAUCAGAAUGGAAUUCAAAGUCGCGGACGAUUCAUUCCAACAUGCAAGAAGCAGGUUGAGAAUCAUGGCCGACCGAGCUUGUAGAGACAUUACCGCCAAAGAGGAAGAAGAAAUUGCUAAAAUCCAAAACGAAUCCUGCCUACUAAGAGAAAAGGUAAAACAAAUUACAGAGCAACGAGACAAGAAGUUUGAGGAAGAUCAGAAAAGCAAGCGUGACCAGAUCAAUCAAGCGGAACGAAUCGUAGCGAUAGUCGACGACCUCAUGCAGCAAGUCGACGACUUCCAGCUUUUAGAUCUCAAACCCAAGGUGAUGCACAACUUACAAUUCAAUGGGGAACUCCGACCGGAACAAGCUCAGCAUGACCUUUCAUUCAUCAGCGUCAAAAGUCACGAUGUCGUAAGAGAUUGGGAUCUUUGUGAAAUAUUGCAAGUGGAGAAAUGGCAAUUGAAGGCAGAGUUCAGUGGAGGAGAAUGGGGAGAUGUAGAAAUUCAAUUUGCUGAAGAUGUUGCUGUUCUGAGCAAUGGCGACAUUACUGUAUUGGAUACAGAAAAGAAACAAAUAAUAAUUUUUGCUUCCACUGUGAACUGUGAAACAACUUUUGGUGACAAUGAAUUGGAAAAACCCCAGAGCAUUGCUGUGACCUCCAAUGACAUGCUUCUGGUGUGUGAUGAAAAACACGUGAAAGUGUUUGACUCAAAUCUGGAAUUCGUUCGGCAGUUCUCUCCGGCACACGAAGAUGCGGAAGGUUAUGCUGAGAGCGACCUUGGCGGUAUCGCUGUGGACAAGGACAAUUUCAUUGCUGUGGCAGACUGUGGCAGAAAGUUGAUAUCUCUCCACAACCUGGAUGGGUCCUUGAUUUCAAUCAUCGAGCAUCACAUGGUUGAUCGGAGUUUGGCGGUAGGCGUUCCAGAACGGCUUAUCUUCACGAACUAUGACGAAAAUACAUUGAUUUGCACGACCUACGCAGGAAAAGAAAUAUUCAAUAUCAUCACCUUAUUUGACGGGAAUCCUGUGCAGCCUUCAGGCGUGUGCUGUGAUGAAGCUGGUGAUAUCUACGUAACUGUUGAUACCAUGGAGACUAGAGUCGGUAAAGUCCUUCAUUACACAGCUGAUGGCGUUUUCGUUGAGGAGGUGGCCGACGGGCUAAGUCACUUCCUGGGCGGUUUGACAUUUUCUCCAAAUGGAGAUCUAGUGGUUGGGGAUAUAGACACUGUCAAGAUUUACCAGCGGGUGUGAUCCCGAUCAAGUUUGAUAAUUGAGUGGUCAUCUUUUAUAAUUGACCACGCCAAUCUGAAAUGUGGAUGAGUAUAUAGAGAGGUUUCACGGUUGUGUCUUUUCAACGAUUACUAAUUCAGAGGUAUAUAGUAAUCAUAAGUAGGAUGAACAAAAAAUCAAAAUUUAAAACCUGCACUGAAACUUUGUUCAAUUAUUUUAGAGAUAAUAUUGCAAAUGUAAUGAUCCAGAUAGCAUUAAAUGAUAUUUCGAAUGACCUUUAUACCGACAAUCAUGUGCUUUUGGACCGUGUUUCUCAUCCGCGUAGGCAGUAACUGGCCUAGCAGGAAAACAUAAUUGAACAUUUCGAGGCAUAUGCCUGUCCAGUUGUCAAAAUUAGACUCAUUAUGAAGUACUGCUGUUGAAGAAGAUUGGCUCUUUUGUGCAGCUUUUCAUUCAAUAAGCCAUAACCUCGUCUUUUGAUGGUUGAGACUCCUCUGGGUUUCACACGAUCGAUUUCUAACCUACCAGAAUUACACUAGGCAAGUUUUAGUUACUUUCUGUCUGACAUCAAAAUGCAUAUGAUAAUGCGGGGGUUCUCUAGAGCAUUUCGAUGAUCUUUCUUUUGGUUACUCGGUAGAGGCUUCAAAUUUAUACGAAGUUCAAAGAUGUUGUGCGUGAUAAUAAUAUUGGUCUAUUAGGAAAUAGUUUUGUUUCUGUACAGCACUGUCAAAGGUGGUCACAUGAGAAUUGGUGACUAGAUAUCUUGGUGUAAUCACAUGAUCUUGAGUAUGUGAGAGGAAGAGCUAAAAAUACAUUAUGUUUCGGCAUUUUUAUUAUAACAAGCAGGCUAACGAGUUAGAGCCCUCACGUGUUGUGAUACACGAUAAAUUAGGUAAAUGUAGAUACAAUCAGGUUUUCAAUAGGAUGCAAAAAGGUUAGUUCGAAUUACAAACGAAUAACAAAAUACCUCAUUUAGUAAACCGAUCUCAAGGGAGAAGCCAUGCUUAGGUAUUAUCCAUCUCCACGACAAACCAUUCUUCGGUUAUAUAAAAUCUCCUGCCUGGCUCUAUGCCAAUAUUUCCAAUGUAUUGAAAACAUCGGGGAAUUCAACCCCAUUGACAUUUGACUCUUACUUUUAUGUACAAUGUCAGAUAUUCAGAAGCAGACUUUGGGAAUAACUCGCUAUCUUAACAUCAAUCAACCUUUAAUGUGAAAUAAAAUUUGUUUCUUACGAUGUGUAAAACAUUCUCUCAGAAAUAAGGAGGAGUAAUCCCCAUACAAUGUACAUAUUUCAUACUGUAUCUUUUAUAUUGUACGCGGUAUUUUGUUAGUACAUGUAGUUAGCAUUAAAUUUCUUCGUUGGUUUGUCCCAUUGGACCAUUGCUGGCAUACACUUGUAUUCACGGGGUAUGGGCUUUCUUUGUUUCACUGUACCAGUUGCGCUAAAUAGAUGUUAGUAUCAAUUACUUUUUAUCACCCGAGAGAGGAAAUAGGUGUUUCGAAGUAAACUGUCUGUCACAGCCAUAAAGAACGUUCAGGGUUUAUUUUAAGUAGCAAAAUUUUCAAAUCAUUUCCAGUAGAUGUUGACGAAGUGGUGGUUCUUAAGUGCCACGUGACCUCUAGCGAAAUCUCUUCGUCAAAAAUUCAAGCUGGGAAAAUAUUUGUAUCGCUGUCGGUUUUUAGGAGGGAGGGGGCUGAAACACGCCUACAAACAGGACAAAUGAAUAUUAUUUGGGGGCUUUCCAUAACCGUGUGCGAUAAAAAAGAAACCGCAAAAUGGUUUUUGCGUCGUUUAGAGACAUGACCGAAAACGUGGAUAAUAUACGCUCUGUCGAUACACAAUUAAAUUGGGCAGGAAAAUUACAAAGAUCACAACUCACGCAGUGUUUCUCAAAUUAUAAAUCGCAGACACAAUUAUAUGGUUCCUACCGAGAAAUCCACUAUACAUGUACAUAUAUUUCUUAUUGAUAUUUCCUUAAUUUUCUGCUGUUGAUGUUUUCUUAAUGGCUUUAGACCAAAUCAGAGAAAUGUUGUUCGAAGUACAAUACAACAAAUUACCAUGUCAAUGAUGCACGCCUGGUAAAACUAAUCUUACAAGUGAUAACAUGAGCCUGUAUAUUAAAGCUAAAUGAAUAAGUAUAGUAUUUCCUCCGUAUCGUUAAUGUAUUGUUUGGUUCAUGUGCCAACAUGUCUGUGAUCAAUUGUAAUUUGUGCUCUUCAUGUAUAUAACACCGCCUAGACAUGUCACAUUUCCUUUUGUACACAAAAUAACGUUAACGAAAAAUUGUUUAAACUAAUUUACUAAUCCCAGUCAGUGGAUUCUUCUGAAAUCAAAUUUCAAUUGCAGCUUACAAUACGAGUCUUCAAAACUACACGUUUAUACUCAAAGGCCCUGCAAGUAAGGGUUUUUUCAUAUGCUCGUUAAGUUAAACUCGGGACUUGGUUUGAUGUCAACAUUACUUUGAUUUCUUUGAAUUCUUUUUUUCCCAUUUUGUGUUCAUUAGCGUACUUUGGCACAAUAUUCUUUGUACGUUUUGCCACCCGUGGCGGUCCGAUAUGGUUAUGUUGCAAUUUUUUGAUAGAUUUUGAUCACCAGAGAGAGAGACAACGAAUGAUUCAAAUGCCAAAGUGUGAAGGAAGUAGGCACCAUGCAGGCCUAUAUCAAAAAAACCUAUUUCUCAUGUCUUUGAUUUGUUGGCAGUAUAAACCAGGACUGAAUUCACUCGUGUAGAAGUAAACAUAAUGAUAGGUGUGCUCCAGUGGCAUGCAACAUCUGUUGAAUACCAGUAUGGAGUUGGCAUAUUAAGGGACGGACUGUGUACUGGUUGGGAAAAUAAUAGAAAGUUCUUUCAGAAUUAUUUGUCCCUGCUCUGUAGCUGAAGCUUUUGUUUGGCAUUCAUGCAAACAUGACCCCAAAAAAUGACUACACAUUACUUUGUGUCCGUGAUCUCCAUGGACUCCUCCAUAACGGCACAGAAUGAAGACAUAAUGACGUUUUUUUCUCUCAGAAGAAGUAAAUCUGCGCGAUCAAAUGUCAGUUCUCUCUUCAAUGUAAAUAUUUUCGAAUAAUCAGAUAUUCAACUUUAAUUGGCAUGGUUCAUGAUUUCUCUCCCCUUUAUAGGUGUUCUUAGCGUAAUAAUUAGAAAGUAAGUUGCGGCAUAUGAACUGCUGUGUUGUCUUUUUAUGACUUUUGUUGUACAGUGUGUGUUAUAUUCAUGAAGUUUUCAAUGGAAUAAAACUUAAACGUUGGAUUCGACUGGGGGGUGAACAUUUCUGUUGAAUGCAACAGUUGAUUAGUAAUGUAAGUGCCCAUUUUCAAUCAGAUGAUUAUUGAUUAAAUAAAUGAUUUUUAGCUUAAUCUUUCAUGCAAUGUGAAUAUUCAAAGUAAUUUUGUGAGACGGUUGAAAGAGAAUGCUAGUGAUGAGAGACUUUGGUGUAGAUUAUUAUUUUGGUGGAGGGGUAAUUAUCUUUGAAUUAUAUUUUGUGAUCGCUUUCUUUCAUCAUUGGACCCUUCUCUGGUUAAGUUCAGAUUGAAGGCACGUUCGUCCAGAGAUCUGAUUGUAUCGAUUUUGAAUUAAUUUCACUUUGUUAAUUGUUUAUUGGUGU